CACAGAGUUAAUCCUUCUCCGGUAGACACAUUUAAAACUCUUAAAUACUUUAUUGAUGCAUGUACGCGCAUAGUAGGAAGGCUGGAAGGGGGAAGUCAUGUGACCAGCAAGACAAGAAAACAAGCGGUGCCCAGCAUUCUGCAGUCUGGCUGAUCCAAGGAGCUUCCUGGUGUGGAUCUGUGUUAUAGACAUUCAGUAGAUAGAUAAUGGCUCUAAACUGGCAGGUCCUGGUUAUUUUGGUGCAAGCCUUUAUUGCACCCAUGAAGUUAUGUGAAAUUCCUGAAGACAAUAAACAUUUAAUUAAAUCGUUGAACCUUAAGCUACUGAGAGUGACACUCGACACUUCCAGCGAUGCAAAUCCCAGUGUCUAUGUUGGUCUUCGUCUUUCUGAAGAUCAUAAUCUGGAAAAAGAGGAUGAGUACUUCCAGAAGCUGAAAACAUCAAUGGAAACCAUUUCUGCCAGUAGAUUGGGCGUCAAAGAGGGUGAGCCAAAGACAGGACUACUAGCCUUACAGCUGAUGGCACAGAAGGCUUCAUGUGACGACACAAGCCCAUCUGUAAGAAGCAGGUUACUCACACAUAUGAAAUACCACCUUCACAAAGAAAAGAACAGUAUAGCCCUUAAUAAUAAACCACUUUCGAACUACUACCAGUACAGCCUUGGCAUUCUAGCUAUGUGCAUCAAUGAUAAGUUCAUCGACAGGCAUGUCAUACACAAGCUCGUUCUUGCUGAAGAACAAAACAAGUUUGGACAUGGAGAAUCGGUCUCAGUAGACACAGAAGCCAUGGCUGGCAUUGCACUGCUGUGUGUGAAGAGAUUCAAUAAUUAUCCCCGUGAGCUGGUCAUGCAUAUCAAAAAGUCAGUUAAAAGCAUAAAGGACAAAAUUGUGGCAUCUCAGAACACUGAAGGGGAACUGGGAAACCUUUACAGCACCCCUCUUGCUUUGCAAUUUCUUUUAGCAUUGGGUGGCAGAAAGGACAAAGAUAUAUGUUCCAAAGCAAUAACCGCCCUGAUGGAUGGACUGAAAGAAGGGAAGUUCUCAAACCCUAUGAUGAUGUCUCAGCUAUUGCCUGUAUUGUUUCAAAAAUCAUAUCUGGAUGUGGCUAAUGUGGACUGUCAAAACACAAUAAGCAAUCCUUUGUUAAUCCCCAGUUCACCGACUUUGCACGAUGUUGUUGUUGGUGAAGAAUUUAUUCAUGUACGGCUGAUAGUAGAAGGACAGAAUUUCAAUGAGAUGAUUGAGGUCCCAUCACGUUCCUCACUUUUAGAUAUUAUGAAGACUGCUCAAAAGCUAAAUUCUAAGUUUUCAUUUGAAAUCAAAAAUACUUUGCAUGGACCCUUCCUCACCACAGUAAAUAAUGUGGCAGGUUACUGGCAGCUCCUGAAGGAGCCAAAUAUUUCCUUAACACAAGGUAUCGCUGAUUACAGACCAGAGAAUGGCGAGACAAUCAUCCUUCGACUUUGAACCUUCUGAUCCAUAAAGAGUUCUAAAAUUCAAGAACCACUAGAAAACUUUUUUUCUGUAGCUUAUUAACAUUUUUACCAUAUUUUACUAAAUAACCUUAAAAUAGUUGGCACGGAAUCAUCACCGGAAUAUUUUUGUGAAUACUUUAUUAAAUGAGGGUUCAUUUUAAUGAUCUGUACUUCAGACACAAAUACUCAGGGCUUUAAGGCUUUAAAAUCAAAUUUUUGUGUCUCUUAAUCAUGUUACUAUAAUGAUGAAAGGUUGUAAAAAUGUCUAGAAAUGAACUUUUUGAAUAUAGGGAUGAACAUGGUUCACUAAAGCACAAAGGUGUAAAAUUCAUAAUUGCACCAAUAACUUGCUAUUAACAUUGAUGAAUUUUCAAAGGUAGUACAUUUAGGUUGCCUUUAUAAAAACCUGUAUGCCAGUCAGUGCCAAACUGGAGAGAUGUUCAGUACGUUUCCAUUACAGUGUCUUUCACUGACCAUAUGAAUGCAUUGCUGCAAUUCAACAAAUGGCUGUAAGGGGCUGACCCUACACUGUAUGGUGCCCAUGGCUGUACUUUCUGUUGGUGCCCUCCCUACAUACCAUAUGAUGUACAGCCGUGCAGUCCACAAGUAACCAUACCAAGCAGUGACUAAUUGUAAGCAUCAUACGGUAUGGUGCCCAAAUGAUAGUGCCAAACACUCAUAUGUAACAUAAUGUACAGGACUUAAAGGGAACCUGUCACCGGGAUUUUGUGUAUAGAGCUGAGGACAUGGGUUGCUAGAUGGCCGCUAGCACAUCCGCAAUACCCAGUCCCCAUAGCUCUGUGUGCUUUUAUUUUAUUUUUU